UCACUUAUAAGCUUUUUUUUUUUUUUCCUUCAGCAAGAGCACUUGGUAGCUAGCUAGCCUCUCCAUUUCAAGUUCACUUCCAAGAACUCACAUGCACCAUCUCCCAAGAGCCAGAGCUCUCUCUCUCCUAAACCUAAACCUAAAAUCCACGCACCAACUCAAAAAAAUUCAUGCCCAAUUGAUCACCAAUGGCCUCAAAUCUCCCUCCCUCCAUGCCAAACUCAUCCAGCAAUACUCUGCCUUCUCAUCCCCAAAAAGCACCAACCUUUAUGCCCAUUUGGUAUUCCAACACUUUCAAGAACCAAACUUGUUCCUCCUAAACACUUUGAUCAGAUGCUCCCGACCCAGAGAUUCACUUCUUGUUUUUGCCAAUUGGGUUUCUAAAUCAACCUUAGUUUUUGAUGAUUCUACCUACAUUUUUGUCCUUGGAGCUUGUGCUAGAUUGCCUUCGGUUCCAACGUUGUUGGUAGGCAGACAGAUACAUGGUCGGAUUGUGAAACAUGAUGUCGUAUCAAAUAUUUCGGUGCAAACAACGUUAAUACAUUUUUAUGGUAGUAAUGACGAUGUUGUUUCGGCACGGAAUGUGUUUGAUGAAAUGCCUGUGAGAAAUUGUGUUACGUGGAACGCAAUGAUCACGGGGUAUUGUUCGCAAAGAGAGAGUGUCAGUGAUGCGUUGGUGUUGUUUCGGGAUAUGUUGGAUGAUGUUUGUGGGGUGAAACCUACGGAUACUACAAUGGUUUGUGUUCUUUCCGCGGCGUCUCAGCUGGGCGUGUUGGAAACUGGGGCUUGUGUACAUGGUUAUGUGGAGAAGACAAUGUGUGUUCCUGACAAUGAUGUGUUUAUGGGGACUGGCCUUGUUGAUAUGUACUCGAAAUGCGGAUGUGUUGAUAGCGCUUUCUGCGCUUUCAAGCGAAUGAAAGAGAAGAAUGUAUUGACUUGGACAGCAAUGGCGACCGGGCUAGCCAUUCACGGCAAGGGAAAUGAAGCAUUGGAGCUUUUGGAUGUAAUGCAGGGUUCUGGAAUAAAACCCAAUGCAGUGACUUUCACCGGCUUGCUUUCGGCUUGUUGCCAUUCGGGUCUUGUUGAAGAAGGCCUCCAUUUGUUCCAUUUGAUGAAGAGCAAGUUUGAUGUCGUGCCUCGGAUGCAACACUAUGGUUGCAUUGUCGACAUGCUUGGCCGCGGAGGGCACUUGAAAGAAGCCUAUGAGUUUAUAGUAGGGAUGCCAGUUGAACCUGAUGCCGUCUUGUGGAGGAGUUUGCUAAGUGCUUGCAAUCUCCAUGGGGAUGUUGCAAUGGGAGAGAAGGUGGGGAAGAAGCUGCUCCGUGUACAGUCCACGCAGAGUUACGCGGAUUCAGCUCUAAAGAGUGAGGACUAUGUAGCUUUGUCGAACGUUUAUGCUUUUGCUGAAAGGUGGGAGGAUGUGGAGAUGGUAAGACAGGAAAUGAAGGUUAAGGGAAUCGAAAACAAAGCCGGUUGGAGUUCACUUCAAACUUCAAGCCGUUAGCAAUAUGUUCUGAAUGACUUGUAGAUCAGCAUCGAAUGAUUUAUUCUUUAUUUUCCUAUAGAAUUUGUUCGAGUUGUAACAUUUGAUGCUGUGUCAAAGAAGGCCACGAAAAUGAGCGUAUAAUCUGUUCCGUGCA